AUGUGGACCACAUAUUUCGACGUUGCGCUGCUUUCGAGUCCGGUGCUGGCUUUCCUCACCAUCCAGCAUCCCAAGAUGCACUCGAAGCCGUCAAGCUUACAGUACUUUCUGGUCUCCUUUGUAUCGCUGCUAUUCUUGCGGUGUGCAGCUUCAACAUACUUUGGAACCCCUCAACACACAUCACUGAGCGUAUGCACUACCGUGGACCAGCCCAAUCCUAUAGCAUCAAUAUAUCCGAACAAUGCUACGGGUACUCUGAAUGGGACCGUGGCAGUCAUACCGAUUUCUUUGAAGCUGGCUCGACAGCUCAUCCCUCCUCAGUAUGGCAUCUUGGAACACGCCUACAGAGCGCUGCUGCCCAAUUUCCCCCAGGGGAUGUACCCGGCCAUUGUUCAGGCAGUGCAUGAUCAUGAAGUCCAGGCAUUUGGCUACAAGAUAGAUGACUUUUCUCGCACCGGCAUCGAAUUCCCCUUUGUCGACUUGCUGAACGACAACCACACGUCCUUCAAGUGGGCACCCUCUUUGAUCAUGAGUGCGGGUCACGACAUCGCACUCAAAGGCGCAGCGGACUACGGCACCAACGUCUUCCCCGCGACAUUCGAGCCUGGAUGUGAUGCCUACCGCGCAGUUCCCAAGGCCAAGAAGCCCGGCACCACCUACUUCAGCGCGCGGAGUCUCACGGGUGCAGAGGGGCUAACGACGUUGUUCUCGUCGACAGAAGAGGAGCUCUUCCCGUUGUCGUUUUUCAAGAAUUUCACCAACCAGCCUACCUUUGCAGACGGAAAGACGUGCGACAACAUGAUCCGACUCUUCAACACAUCCCUGACCACCGCACCGAAUGGGAUCGAGCGCGUCAAGGGAACCGUGCGCGCUACUAUCCAUCCGUUCGCUGAAGAGCAGGAGUGGAGGAACGUGUACGGGCUGCGAAUGGACACGGCGUUCAUCGAAAACAACUAUCUCAGCUGCGAGGACUUCCGCGGAUACUCUGGCCUCGAGUGA